AUGAAGAUGAUGCAAGUUCUGGCCACGUUUGGUGGAGUGUUUUGGCUUGGCUGGAACAUGAAGUUCCUCAUCAAGGAAACCCUUCACUCUCCCGUCAUCAUCCGGGAGAUGUCCUUUCCGCAGAGGAACUUCUACAAAUGUCACGACGUGGACAUGGACUGCGACGACUUAAAUCAGACGAGCGCCCGUCCCUACUGCGAACUCUCUCAACUUGAAGCAGCAAAGGAUGCUUUGAGCAAGUACUUUUUCACGGAUUCGGCGCAGCACAACUACAGCAAGAGCAGAUGGCCAACGUUGCCCAAGCUCCUUACUGGCUGUGGCAUUUACGACAUGCACGACGUCUUCAGGAAGUCUAGCAAGAACGUAAUGUUGGCGACCGCUUUCACGAAGACACGCCAGAGGCAGUGCAAAGACGAACACUGCAUUUGGAAGAACGAUGGAUUCGAGGUCACAUUCGUUGAGAAUGUGGAGCGCUUCUUCCUCAAGCUCCGCCAUGUGGUCAAGCUGUCGAAAGGGGGAACUUUGCGCAACGCUCAUAGCACCGGUUUCUUGAAAAUCAACGAUGAAAUUCGACUGCUGGCUUGCGAGCCCCACAAGAAGAAGUUGGGAGAAUGUGGAUAUUCAAAAGACUCGCAUGCGAGGGUCGCGCCCUGUGGAGACAUGACUGGUGACGAGGCUUGCUUCACAACUGGAUUUGCGGACUUCCUGUCCCUGCGAACUCUAUUGAACGCGGCGAACAUCUCUCUGGAUGAGGGAAUCACGCAAAACGUCUCGCGACGGUGGUGGGGCACGCACUUGAGCAUCGAUAUUAGUUACUCAAAUGCGGAUCCCUGGACAUACUGGAAUUUUUGGCGCCCGGAGUUCUUGAAGUUGAUUCCGACCUACACCUAUUCUGUGCGCAGAAGUGGCGAUUAUGCUUGGUAUUCUCAUCACAACACAACCGGUGCGCAUCGCAAACUGACGAGGAUGUCUGGCAUCACAAUGCAGUUCCACCUGCAUGGGUCCAUGUAUUCCGGCAGCGUCAUGCACUUCCUGAAAACCCUCGCGAUCUUCACCAUUAUCUGGGAGAUCACAAUGGUGGUUGUUGCAAACGUCAUGCUCUUCGUCUAUAAACAUGUGGCGUGCUUGUCAAUGGCGCACCUCCCUCACUUGAGAAAGUACUUUCGCCAAAUGACAACGCCCCAUCACCGAAUCGUGGCCGGCUUGAGCUACGAAGCCCUGGCCAAAGAGCUUCAGGACUUGCGCCAGGAAGCAGCCAGGGGGCACUUGAAGACCACCGCGCAGGAUUCUGACACGGAGACCUCGCCAACUUCGGAGCACACGUCUCACGAGUUCUACCUGGACUUGAGCCAUCCCAAACUAAUGGGCAUGGAGCACCCCCAGGACGUAAAGGUGCGUGUCUGUCCUGGUCUUGGAACAGUCACUGUUGUCAUUGUAGAUGACGAUGAGCCUGGGAAGCUGCGCUUUCAGCAGAACGCUCAGCGGUUCUCUGUAGAUGCAAUCUCGCGCACCCUCGCAGCCAAGCACGCACGG